AUGUCUCCUCACCAUGGAACCCACCAUAUCAACAGCGAGACUGCUGUCCAGGAUCUUCCUCACAUGAAUUUCCGUUCCUAUGUCGAAGCCCUCAGAGCGGAUAAUGACUUGGUGGAGAUCGACCGAGAGAUUGAUCCCAAUCUCGAGGCUGGUGCCAUCAUUCGCAAGGUUUGCGAGACCGAUGACAAGGCGCCUCUGUUCAACAACCUGACCGGUGCCCACGACGGCCUUUUCCGCAUUUUGGGAGCUCCUAACUCUCUUCGAUCCGAUCCUAAGUCUAGAUAUGGAAGACUCGCACGCCACCUCGCACUGCCGCCCACCGCUGGAAUGAAAGAGAUCUUAGACAAGAUGCUUUCAGCAAAGAACUCGACACCUAUUCCCCCCGAAUUGUCGAGUCCGGAGAACGUUUUGAACGCUGGAGAAUUUGACUUGACAAAGCUUCCUGUUCCCCUCCUCCACCAAUCCGACGGAGGAAAAUAUAUUCAGACCUACGGCAUGCAUGUAAUCUCAUCUCCUGAUAACAGCUGGACCAACUGGUCUAUUGCCCGAGCCAUGGUCUACGACAAGGACCACCUGGCUGGUCUCGUUAUUCCUCCCCAGCAUGUGUGGCAGAUGCAGCAGAAGUGGAAGGCUAUCGGCAAGGACGUUCCCUGGGCUCUUGCCUUUGGAGUUCCUCCUGCCGCUAUCAUGGCCUCUAGUAUGCCUCUUCCCGAUGGAUGCACUGAGGCCGGUUAUAUCGGAGCUAUGACGGGCCAUGCUAUCGACGUGGUCAAAUGUGAGACUAACGAUCUUUACGUUCCCGCCAAUGCCGAAAUUGUCCUAGAAGGAACUAUGUCAAUCACUGAGACCGGACCCGAGGGACCAUUCGGAGAGAUGCACGGAUACGUGUUCCCCGGCGAUACUCAUUCCUGCCCUCUUUACAAGGUCAACAAGAUUACCUACCGCAACAAUGCCAUUUUGCCAGUCUCAAACUGCGGUCGCCUCACGGAUGAGACACACACUAUGAUUGGUCCUCUCGCUGCAGCUGAAAUCCACCAGCUCUGCAAGGAUGCCGGUCUCCCAGUUAAGGAGGCUAUGUCUCCCUUCGAGUCUCAAGUCACCUGGGUAGCGCUUCAAAUAGAUACUGCGAAGCUCCGUGAGAUGAAGACUACCUCUGAAGAAUUCUGCCGGAAGGUUGGUGAUUUGGUUUUCAAUCACAAAGCCGGAUAUACCAUCCAUCGCCUUGUUCUAGUUGGCGAGGAUAUUGAUGUCUACGACUUCAAGGACGUGAUUUGGGCAUUCUGCACAAGAUGCCGCCCUAGCUACGAUGAGUAUUUCUUUGACGACGUCCGCGGCUUCCCUCUCAUCCCAUACAUGUCUCAUGGAAACGGAUCCCCAGUCCAGGGUGGCAAGGUUGUCUCCGACGCGCUGAUGCCCACUGAAUAUACCACUGGUGCCGAUUGGGAGGCAGCUGACUUCAAGAACUCCUACCCCGAGGCAAUCAAGUCCAAGGUGAAUGCCAACUGGACUGAAAUGGGUUUCAAGGCAUCUGAAUAA